AUGCUUGGCAGCAAGGCUUCCCUGUUAUUAUCAUGCUUGGCUCUCCUAAGCCCUGCAUCAUGCAGAGCCAUUGAGGAGCGGGCCGUGGCGGAUCAUGCCGUUACGUUCCAGACCAUUUACAAGCCUCCCUCCAACUACAACACUCCCAAGACCUUGUAUGGGCGAAACGUCCAGCUUGCUGAUGGAACUAUCCUAGCUACUUGGGAGAACUAUAGCCCUGAACCACCAAUGGUGUACUUCCCCAUCUACCAGAGCAAAGACAAGGGAUCAACCUGGGCGCCUCUCUCCAACGUGACAGACACCAAGAACGGCUGGGGUCUCCGCUACCAGCCCUUCCUAUACGUCCUGCCCCAGGCCAUCGGCAACCUCGCCAAGGGAACUAUCCUCCUUGCUGGAAAUAGUAUCCCUACCGAUCUCAGCAAGACCAAGAUUGAUCUUUACGCUUCUACCGACAGCGGCAAGACCUGGAAGUACAUCUCCAACAUUGCCACCGGAGGAAAAGCCGUUCCCAACAAUGGCGAGACUCCUGUCUGGGAGCCUUUCCUGAUGGUGUACAACAACAAGCUCGUGUGCUACUACUCUGAUCAGCGCGACCCCUCAUAUGGUCAGAAGUUGGUUCACCAGACUUCCAGCGAUGGUGUUACCUGGGAUGCUGUCGUCAACGAUGUUCGAGGAACUGCUUACUCUCAACGCCCCGGCAUGACAACCGUCGCUAAGCUUCCUAACGGAAAGUGGAUGAUGACUUUUGAGUACGGCGGAGGCGCUUCGCCCAAUAACGCUGCUUUCCCCGUUUACUACCGCAUCUCCGACUCUCCUCUCACCUUUGACAGCGCAUCCAACCAGAUUCUCACCGCUGGUAGCCGUGCGCCUAGCUCUUCGCCUUAUCUAACCUGGUCGCCUUCUGGAGGAUCUAGUGGUUCUCUGAUUGUUACUGCUAAUAGUGACAAUGGUAUUUAUAUCAACACGAACCUCGGCGCUGCGGGCUCUUGGGUUUACUAUGACAUUCCCCAGCCUGGUGCCUAUUCCCGACAGGCUAUGGUUAUGGAUAACCCUGAUUGGUUGUAUGUCAUGAGUGCUGGAUAUCUCAAUGGUGAUAACUGGGUCACCGACAGUGUCUUUAAGCUUCCCAACCUGUCUUAG